ACACAGUUUGGAUGAUUUCUGCAAGGCCGGUCCAUAAGCUGUGUUUGAAGAUGACGUCACCGAAUACGUGGUAUCCCCUCGCUGCCUCCCUCUUUCUGUCGAUUGUUCCCACAGUGGCUGAAGUGGUAAAGUCGUUGUCAGACUGUGACCAGUUUCUCCUCGAGGGAACUCGGCCACAGGUCCCGGGCAUCUUGGAGGGCGGGAGAAUCCUGAACCAGAACAGAUACAAACCCAUUUGCCAGACUUUUGACAACGAGAGACGGUUCGUGACUCUCUACGACACCGAGAACAGGAUCCCAGUGUUUUCUGCUUACAAGUACAGAGGGGGAGUAGGAAAGAGACCCGCAAACGACUGGAAGAUAGAGCCCCAGCUUGAGGACGAAGAUGACAAGAACAUGAAGCUCGGAGACAAAAACAAGACCUACAACCACCAGGCUGGGAACAUAGAUUACAGACGCAAUAGAGUGUUUGACAGGGGCCACAUAUUUCCGAGCUCUCAUGCUCUCAACGGGUCCGACAAAAUGGCCACCUUCACCCUGACCAACGUCGUCCCACAAGCAGCCAGAUUCAACCAGGGAAGCUGGAACAGAAUGGAGACGUGCGUCAAAUGCGUCAUGGACAAAUACUGCAACGGCAACAAUGGCGUUAUCGAAGGCUAUGUGGUAACCGGAGCCCAGCCAAGCAGCAACAACAUUCUCAGAAACAGGAUAAAUAUUCCCUCCAUGCUCUGGUCAGCGUUCUGCUGCUACAGCGCCAACAUGAAGAUGUGGCUAGCGAGCUCACACUGGGCCGACAAUGUUCCCCCUAAAAACAUGUAUCUGCAGACUAAGACUUUGGAAGAACUCCAUAAAGAACUGAGGGGAGACGACGCUGAAUUUCAAGUGUUUCCUGGAACGCAGUGUCCGCUCCACACAACUGUUACUGAGUUUUACCCAAAAAUUGUAAACUGCAGUUGCCCCCCAUCCAUUUCACCCUCUUCUGCCCCUAGCACUUCAACUUCUGCCACUCACACUUCAACUUCUGGCUCUCCCUCUUCAACCUCUGGCCCUCUCACUCUAACUCUGGCCCUCUUACAUGACCUCAUGGCCCUUUUACUUUAACUUCUGCCCCUGACACUUCAUCUGGCCCUCUUCAACUUCUCACACUUCAACUUCUGCCCUUCUUACUUCAACAUCUGCCAGUCACACAUCAACUUCUGGCCCUUCCUUAGGCCGUUUUAUGCUUCUGUGUCGAAUCGACGGCAAACCCCCGCAGACCCC